GGGUGCGGCGCCGGGAAUAGGGCGGAAGGGUCUCUGGUAUUUCUAGAAUGAUUAGGUACAUACAUACAUGGACAGGCACUUUCUGUUCGACGCAAACAAAGGAUAGUCAUGACUCAUGCCCAAAGUCUUGUUCUCACUUUGCCAAGUUGCCUUCGCAGAAACACCGUACUUCUUUUCCACACAUACUUCAGCCUCUUCAAUGUCUCCGCCGCAUCAAUCGUGUGUCCCUUUAUCUUCAGAUUCCGCAUACUCCCAAUCUCAUUCCGUUGCACCCAUCCAUCCUAGUGGCCUCGGCUUUCGCAUCUAUGACUCCCGACUCCAUGAUUCCAAGGUUGGGCUCCUAGCCGCAGACAACCGCGUCUGGAUAGCGCUAUUCCAGCCCAUUGCCCACCAACGAGGAUUUAUGACUUUGAUUGCUCAAGGGGUGUUUUCUGUUGCGAUCAGGAGGUAGAUUUCGGGGUGCUCUACGCAAAGUUGAGCGGGUGGUACCCGGAUUCUAAAAAUGUCAGAGUCCAUGAUG